AGCAAUCCAAUCCAGUUCUAUCCAAUUAACAUGGCGGCGCCCGGAGCGCGAAAGAAGGUUAUCCAAAAAGAUGACUUAAAACGUUUAAUGAGAGAGCGGAAAGAGGCCUUAAGUCAGUCAACAAAGAAGAUAACAUCUCCGUACGCAAAAUACAACAGUUUAGGUCAGCUGACUUGUUCGAUAUGUGUGGUCCACGUGAAAAGCGAGACCUUGUGGACAGCUCACGUUCUUGGGAAAGCGCACAAGCAAAACGUGGAGGACCUGAAAGAAAGCGCGGCCAAUCAUGUACAGAGUGACAGCAUACUCACCAAGCGCCGAAAUGAUGCAUCUGGGGAUAACCAAGACGGUAAAAACCGGAGCCUACCGGGAAGUGCCAGCCCACCUCACAAGAAGGCAAAGGGGCCUCUCCUUAUGGCUGAUUACUCGUCAGAUGAGGACAUGGAUGUUAGUGCGUCCACACCGAAUUCAAGUUCCACAGAAUCUGCACUCCCAAAAGAUUUUUUUGAUAAAGCCUCUGCAAGUCAGCCAAAAGAAACUACAGCAAGUGAACCUCUGCAGCCAAAACCACAGACAUCAACUAAAAAUAAAAAGGCCCCUGUAGAAGCUUUGCCAGAGGGCUUCUUUGAUGAUCCUGUCUUGGAUGCAAAGGCAAGGAACGUGGAAUACAAAGACCCAAUUGAAGAGGAGUGGGAGAAAUUUAAAAAGGAAAUUGCAGAAGAAACAACAGUGUCGGAAGCUAUUAUGGCUGAAGAUAUUGAGGAAAGCAAAGUGGAGCGUGACAUCGAGGAAAUUGACGAGCAGAUCCACAACUGGCAACGGGUUGAUCAGCUUCAGCAGAGGAAAGAGGAGCUUAUGAAGAAAGAAGUUGCCGCUAGCGAAGGCAGUCAAGACAACAACAGUGAUUUGGAAGAUGAGGAGUAUGAGGAGUUCCUCAGCUGGCGAGCGAAAGGAGUAUGGAAAGAAUGACUGCCUACCGCCUUGCCCGCUUAUAGCGUGACUGAUGGAUAUCUUGCUGUGCUGGUUUCUCCUUGUCAGAAGUUUCUACACAUGACAUCCACUAAUGCAUUGCAUGCUCAUCGUGAAACUUUCGGGUGCUUCAGCUAGGCUUCAGCACUGUGCAGAGAAAACUGGCACAGUUUUGUCCCCACGUGCAAAUUAUGCUGGGUGUCUGAAAAAGAAGUUCCACCAGCGAUGUUCUCAAGUUUAUUACAUGUUGUGUCAUUACGCUGCUGCAACAUCAUCGACACAUUGUUCAUUGUCAUCGUCACACUUUUUGGCUAACAUUAAAGAUGUAUAAAGUGUACAGUUUCGACAACAUAGUUCACUGUGUAUUUACUUUUUAGAAGGUGUUAAAGACCGUUAGCCAUGUUUAGUUAUAACUUCGUUAUUAAUGUUCUAAGGUAAGUGGUUUUCUACAAUAAUUUCUGAGAAGAAUAACACAUUUUUUCUCAUGUAGUUAGUUAUGGUCCCUCUUCACUGGCUUACCUUGUUUUUAAUGUUCAUUCUCCUCAUAUUAUGCAUUAUGCAAUUAGAUUUUGUUUCACAAAGUUCAACUUAUCUCUGGCAAAUUCCAUAGAUGAGGUACUCAGGUCAACUUUUACCACCAAAGGCUUUUUAACAUGUAUUACAAGUCCUUAUGCACUAGCUUUUCAUUGCACUCUACCACCGUCAGUGACUUCAACCGGAAAUCGAACCCAAGACCGCUCGCACAGCAUUUGGCAAUUUACAUCACAAGAGCUGUUCUAAUUUAGCCCAUAUAAAUGGCACAAGUGAGUAACAACACUUUUACUAAUAAAUGAGGAAUUACCGUAGUAUUCAUUUGUGUUUUGCAUAACUAGGAGAAAAUUUCAUGUUGUAGCUUUUUCUUAUUCGAAGUCUUUUAGAGUGGGCCACUUCCCUGAUGUUGGUCACUGUUUAAGGGCCACGGUUAGAGUUACGAUGACUUUCAUUGCACGCUACUUCUGGAGCUGUUUGUAGUGAAGUGAUUGCAACCAAUGGCAAAAGUUGUCCAUGCUCUAAUAAGAAAAUAUAUUGUGCAUAGUAAAAUGGCACUGCCACUGUGGACGCCUGGCUUCUAUGGAAUGUUUGACAAUUACCUCCUACAGGGAAAGGCAUUACAGUGUAGACCGCUUAUAACGUAAGUCGCCGGAGUCGCGAAUAUCCGCACUAUAAGCGGUACCGCACUAUAACCAAAGCAACAAUUUUCAAGGCCCGCACAUAUGCAAAACGUGCACCGAGCCGCCACGCAGAUGCGACAGUCAAGGAAUGCGGCUAGAACGUUUGCAUUCAAUUUACAGUCGAAUCUCGUUAAUUCGAACCAAAUCACGCGGCGGCAC